UGCGCGUUCGUGGAGGCCGGCCAGCAUGCGGAGGAGCCCUUCUUCAAGCUGGACCCCCGGCACACCGAGGAUGGCAAAGGGAAGAGCCCCUACGACCCCCGGCACACAGCAGCCUCCGUCCUUGUGGGUGAGGAGCUCUACUCUGGGGUGGCCACUGAUCUGAUGGGAAGGGACUUCACCAUCUUCCGCAGCCUGGGCCGACGUCCCUCCGUCCGCACCGAGCAGCACGACUCCCGCUGGCUCAACGAGCCCAAGUUCGUGGCUGUUUUUUGGGUGCCGGAGAGCGAGGACCCCGACGAUGACAAGAUCUACUUCUUCUUCCGCGAGACGGCGGUGGAGCGGCAGCAGGGGCUGGGCAAGACCAGCUUUGCCCGCAUCGGCCAGAUCUGCCGGAACGAUGUGGGCGGGCAGCGCAGCCUGGUGAACAAGUGGACGACCUUCCUGAAGGCUCGGCUCGUCUGCGCCGUGCCGGGACCUGACGGGGCUGACACCCACUUUGAUGAGCUCCGGGAUGUUUUCCUGCUGCAGACAAGGGACAAGCGCAACCCCCUGGUCUACGCCGUCUUCUCCACCUCCAGUUCUGUUUUCCAGGGCUCGGCCAUCUGCGUCUACACCAUGGCCGACAUCCGCCGGGCUUUCCUGGGCCCCUUCGCCCACAAGGAAGGUCCCAACUACCAGUGGGUGUCGUACCAGGGACGUGUGCCGUACCCCCGUCCAGGCAUGUGCCCCAGCAAAACCUUCGGCACCUUUGGCUCCACCAAGGACUUCCCGGACGAGGUGAUACAGUUUGCCCGGCACCACCCGCUGAUGUACAACCCGGUGCUGCCCCAUGGCCAGCGCCCCCUCUUCCUGCAAGCCACCGUGCCCUACACCUUCACCCGCAUCGCCGUGGACCGUGUCACCGCCGCUGACGGCCACUACGAUGUCCUCUUCAUCGGCACAGAUGUGGGCACGGUGCUGAAGGUGGUCUCAGUGCCCAAGGAGAGCUGGCACCGCAUGGAGCCGCUGCUGCUGGAGGAGCUGCAGGUCUUCCAGGACGCCUCCCCCAUCACCAGCCUGCAGCUCUCCUCCAAACGGCAACAGCUCUAUGCUGGCUCGGCCACAGCGCUGGCCCAGCUGCCCCUGCACCGCUGCGGUGCCUACGGCAAAGCCUGCGCCGAGUGCUGCCUGGCCCGGGACCCGUACUGCGCCUGGGAUGGCACCGCCUGCACCCGCUACGUGCCCAACACCAAGAGGCGGUUCCGCCGGCAGGACGUCCGCAACGGUGACCCCAACGUGCUCUGCUCCGAAGAUCCCCAGCGGGGCAGCGUGCCCCAGAAGCAGCUCUACGGUGUGGAGGGCAGCACCGCCUUCCUGGAGUGCAUCCCCAAAUCCCUGCAAGCCCGGGUCCUCUGGACCUACCAGCGCACCCCAGAUGACCCACAGCGAGAGGUGCAGGUGGACGCGCGGGUGGUGCAGACGGAGCGGGGGGUCCUGCUGCGCAGCGUGCAGCGCGCCGACGCCGGCCUCUACCUCUGCCACGCCACCGAGCACGGCUUCACCCAGCCCCUGCUACGGCUCUCCCUGGAGGUGAUCAGUGCCCAGCAGGCAGCGGGCACGGCCCCCGCUGGAGACCCCCAGCUCGCCGCCGGUCCCCCCGGCCGCAAGGUCUGGUACCGGGACUUCCUCCAGCUGGUGGAGCGCCCGCCGCUGGGGCGCACAGACAGGGUGUGCCAGUGGCCCUGGAGCUGGGGGAGACCCCUGCCCCCCCCUCGUGCCCACGCCGGACCCCCCAGCCGCGGGCAGGGCGAGGAGCCGCGCAAAGCCCGCCGCCGGCGCACCCACGAGGGGCCACGGGCCGAGCGGGGCCCCCGCAGCGCAUCCCCCUGGUGACCCCGGGACGG